AUGUGCACUUUUGAACUCUGUCAUAGGCACUUGGUUAAAUGUGUAUGCUUGAUCGACUCCGUAGCAAAAACUGUGGCCUCCUUCCCGUUCUUGAAUGGCAGAGAGAAAAGCCCUCUUCCUUCAGUAAUUCGGCAAGAUGCUGAACACAAAGGGAUCUGUCACAUAUUUUCCAGGUCUUCUAGAAAAGGUGGAGCUGUUCCUUUAGUCACAUACAUGCACAUUUACAAAACUGGUGACAUUGUAGACGUCAAGGGAAUGGGUACCGUUCGGAAAGAAAUGCCCCAUAAAUGUGACCAUGGCAACACUGGAAGAGUCUACACUGUUACGCAGCAUGCUGUUGGCACUGUCAGAAACACAUCAGGGCAGGAUUCUUGCCAGGAGAAUAAUGUGCAUAUUGAGCAUAUUAAACGCUCUGAAAGACGAGAUUGCUUCCUCAAAUGGGUGAAGGAAAAUGAUCAGGAAAAAAAAGAAGCCAAAGAGGAAGGUACCUGAGUUUGACUAAAGCACCAGUCUGUUCCACCCGGAGCAGCCGACUUUGUCAGAGCCCGUGAGAAGGAACCUGAACUAUUGGAACCCAUCUGCUGUGAGUUCAUAGCAUACAUAUAA